ACUUCAGUAAAUCUCCCUAAUCUAACCCAAAUUUUAAACGUUAACUAUUUUCCAAAAAAUAAAAUAAGAUGGGGUUUCGUCUCAAUUUGCCAUCAAGGAUCUUGUUACUACAUCUCACACUGUUAUCAGUGACGACAUGGUCCGAAUCAGCAAGAGUAUUCACAAUCGUGAACUCAUGUGACCAAACAAUAUGGCCGGCAAUAACACCCGGAGAAAACUUCAGCGGCGGAGGAUUCAAGCUCAAACCUGGCCACUCCAUCGUCUUCAAAGCACCAGUAGACUGGUCAGGCAGAAUCUGGGGACGAACCGGCUGCAAAUUCGAUAAAACCGGAACCGGAAGCUGUGAAACCGGCUCAUGCGGCUCAAACUUAAAAUGCUCAACUUCUGGAAAACAACCAGCUUCACUAGCCGAGUUCACGCUAUCCUCAGUGGAUUUCUACGACGUGAGCCUCGUCGACGGAUUCAAUCUCCCGAUGACAGUGAAUCCGGUGAACGGAACAGGAAACUGCACCGUCGCCGGCUGCGUCGCCGAUUUGACGCUAAGGUGUCCAGCGGAGCUAGCUGUGAAAUCUAAGGGGAGAGUUAUAUCGUGUAGGAGUGCUUGUGAUGUGUUCGAUACAGAUGAGUAUUGUUGCAGGGGAGUUUAUGGGAACCCUUCAACGUGUCGACCAACUCAUUACUCGAAAAUAUUCAAGAAAGCUUGUCCUACUGCUUACAGCUAUGCUUAUGAUGAUCCGACCAGUAUCUUCACUUGUUCCGGUUCAGAUUACGUCAUCUCUUUCUGUUCCUACAGGAAGAAGCCGGUGGGAACGUAACAUGAUAACAAGCAAGUAUGCAGCGAUGGUUCUGGUUUCUGGUGGAUUCAAGACGAUGGUCCGGAGGUUGUGGCUUGUAUUGAUGCUGUCGGUUGAUGCUUUUAACUAGUUUUGGGACUCCCUUUUUUAAAUAAACAAGUGUUUUUCUUUCUCUCGAGGAAUAAUUUUUUUUUUUUUUAAAUUUCAAGUGUGUUGAUAAAGCUAAAUUCGAAAUAAAUAUAAAGGUUGGUUU